AUGCUUAGCCGCUGCGGCCGCCGGCUGCUGCACGUCCUAGGCCUUAGCUUUCCGCUGCUCACCGGCCGGCCACUUUUCCUUUUCCCGCAUCGCUUCAUGAGGCCGCAGGUCGUGUUCGUUCUCGGCGGUCCCGGCGCCGGCAAGGGGACCCAGUGCGCCCGCAUCGUUGAGAAAUAUGGCUACACACACCUUUCUGCAGGAGAACUUCUCCGUGAUGAAAGGAAAAACCCAGAUUCACAAUAUGGUGAACUAAUUGAAAAGUACAUUAAAGAUGGAAAGAUUGUGCCAGUUGAGAUAACCAUCAGUUUGUUAAGGAGGGAAAUGGAUCAGACAAUGGCAGCCAAUGCUCAGAAGAAUAAAUUCUUGAUUGAUGGGUUUCCAAGAAAUCAGGACAACCUUCAAGGCUGGAACAAGACCAUGGAUGGGAAAGCUGAUGUAUCUUUUGUUUUGUUUUUUGACUGUAAUAAUGAGAUCUGUAUUGAACGAUGUCUUGAGAGGGGAAAAAGUAGUGGUAGAAGUGAUGACAACAGAGAGAGCUUGGAAAAGAGAAUUCAAACCUAUCUUCAGUCAACAAAGCCAAUUAUUGACUUGUAUGAAGAAAUGGGGAAAGUCAAGAAAAUAGAUGCUUCUAAAUCUGUUGAUGAAGUUUUUGAUGAAGUUGUGAAGAUUUUUGACAAAGAAGGCUAA